AUGGAGGGAAGGCGGGAGGGAGGGCUCUUGUUUCCAGGUGAGAAGCGUCUUCGACAGGGCAUGGUUGUCGGGCCUACUAUGAACGCCUCAACAAAAUUCAGCGACAAUUACGACGUUAAGGAGGAAUUGGGAAAAGGUGCAUUUUCUGUGGUUCGCAGAUGCGUACACAAAGCGACAGCAGCUGAGUAUGCUGCAAAAAUCAUUAAUACGAAGAAACUUUCGGCCAGAGACUUUCAGAAACUGGAACGCGAAGCCAGAAUAUGUCGAAAGCUUCAGCAUCCUAAUAUAGUCCGUCUUCAUGACAGUAUUCAAGAAGAGUCGUUUCAUUACCUCGUAUUCGAUUUAGUGACUGGCGGUGAAUUGUUCGAGGAUAUCGUUGCCAGAGAAUUUUAUAGCGAAGCAGAUGCGAGUCAUUGCAUCCAACAAAUUCUCGAAUCAAUCGCCUACUGCCAUCAAAACUGCAUUGUGCACAGGGAUUUGAAGCCCGAAAAUCUGUUGCUCGCCAGUAAAGCAAAGGGAGCUGCCGUGAAAUUGGCUGAUUUUGGCUUAGCCAUUGAAGUUGGUCAAGACACCGAAGCAUGGUUCGGAUUUGCCGGAACUCCUGGUUACUUGUCUCCAGAAGUGCUGAAGAAGGACCCUUAUGGAAAGCCUGUGGAUAUAUGGGCAUGUGGUUGGUACAUUUUCAAAAUUCUAUUGGAGAUGUGGGCGUAUACGUGUGUGGUGGUUGAUGACUACAGGGAAGGAGUAAUCCUUUAUAUUCUCUUGGUCGGUUAUCCACCUUUUUGGGAUGAAGAUCAACAUCGUCUUUACGCUCAAAUAAAAGCUGGCGCUUAUGAUUAUCCGAGUCCGGAAUGGGACACGGUGACACCUGAAGCUAAAAGUCUCAUCGACAGCAUGCUGACGGUGAAUCCAAAAAAGCGAAUCACCGCCGAUCAAGCGCUGAAAGUGCCAUGGAUCUGUAAUCGUGAACGUGUAGCAUCAGUGAUGCACCGACAGGAUACAGUAGACUGCUUGAAGAAGUUCAACGCCCGACGAAAACUCAAGGUGUGUUUUUAG